AUGUCAUUUUUAAAUACAAUAAGAGGAUUAGGAAGAAGUUCCAAAAAGAAUAAAAAAGAUUUAGAACCAACAAAUAAUUCAUUAUAUUCACAUUCAAAUUUAUCAGGUAAUAAUCUAAGAAGAACUCAAUCAGCAAAUAAAAAUACAUCACCUAUAAAAAACAGUAAUUCAAAUAAUAAUAGCUCCUCACCAAUACGGUCAAACAACAACACUCAUAAUAACAUCAACAAUAACACUCACAACAACACUACCCAAACACCACAAAAUAUACCGACAAUAAGGAAUCAAUCAUCAUACCCUCAUCAAGGAUCUCCUACAAAACGUAAUAGAAAUAACAAUCAACAACAACAACAACAUCGUCUGCCUCAAAAAACCACAACUAAAAAAAUCAUUAGUUCAGAACCACCAUUAUUUUUAUGUGAUCCAUAUGUUAAAACAGCAUUAGUUAAAGGUUCAUACAAGACAAUAGUUCAAUUACCUGCAUUUGUAGAUUUGAAUGAAUGGUUAGCUCUUAAUAUAUUUGAAUUUUUUGGUAAUUUAGAUUCAUUUUAUGGAUUAAUUUCAGAAUUUGUUAAACCUGAUUUAUUUCCAACUAUGAAUGCUGGACCAGUUACAAAUUAUCUUUGGGUAGAUGGAUCAGGUCAAGCUAUAAAUUUACCAGCUUGUCAAUAUAUCGAUUAUGUUAUAACAUGGAUAUCAAAUAAAAUUAACGAUCAAGAAAAUUUCCCAACUAAAAAUGGAGCUAUUUUCCCACAAUUUUUUAUUAAAGAUGUUAAAAAUAUAUCAAGACAAAUGUUUAGAAUUUUUGCAUUUAUUUAUUAUAAUCAAUUUGAUAAAUUAGUUCAUUUAAAUUUAGAAGCUCAUUUUAAUUCAUUUUUUGCUCAUUUUAUACUGUUUAUUAAAGAAUUUAAUUUAUUAGAUAAAAAGGAAUUGAAUCCUUUACAACCUUUAAUUGAUUCUUUUGAAGCUCAAGGUAAGAUUAAUUAA